AAGGGGCCUGGGACCUGUGAGGAACAGACUGAACUGCCCUGACAUCCCAGAGACGCUGGUUGUGAUGUCCCCGUGUCACAGAGCGGGUGACGGGUUUUCCUUUCACCUUUCCCAUUUUUUCCUUAUUUUUUUCAAUUGAUUGCUGUUUAAUACAUUGUAUUUGCUUUGAGCUGCAUGUAAUGAUCAGUGGGUCAGGGAAGUGUCCAGUGUGGAGAGAGGACCCCAGAGUGGGGACACCCUAACCCCGCCCUAAGUGACCAUGCCAAGAGUGGUGGUUGAGCCCCCCAGGAAUCCUGGGCCCAGCCUUGUCGGGGUUAUGAGGACUCAUACAGGAGAGUGGAAGGGGAGUCCUCAAGGUCAGGCAGCCUCUGGGUAAAGGAAGUGGGAACGAAGACUCAGAUCCUUUCGCUAGCCCAUUUCACAGGGGCGGUGUAUAAGCCAAGAAAGUUCCCCACAAUAGCAGAACCAUUCCCCAACUUAAUGUUGUUUUCCUUGGUUUCUAAGUAAGCUGUUGCCCCUAAAAUAGCCAGAGGGUUUGGAGUCUUUACUUGGCUUUAACAUCUGGUUCAGGGAGAUAAAGAAUCCUUGAACAGGAAGCACAGAGGAUAAAACGGAGAUAGUUUUGUGGAUACAUUUGGAAAUAGGUGAUAUUGGGAAUACUCAGGACCCCUUGCCCAAGUUCAUAGUAACCUUUUGAGUCUGUGUAGGCCUGAUCCAAAGCCCAUUGAAAUCAAUGGGAAUCUUUCCAUUGGCUUCAGUGAGAGUAAGCUCAACCCCUUAUUGCUAAAAACAAUUCCAUUAAUUCUGAAAGUGAAAGUCAGCAGGGAGGUUUCUUAACUAAAGGCAGGCCGUUUCCUGUAGUAUAAGCAUUUGCAGCUGUAGUAUUUAGUCUGCCAUCUCUUGCUUGGGUCAGCAGCCUGCCCGGGAAUCGCAGCCACUCGGGGAAGUCAGGUGGAGGAAGGGCUUGAACUGGGGAUCUCCCGGAAACAGGGCAGCACGUUGAUGGAACAGGAUGUGCACAGUUCUUAGCCCGCUGGCAUUACUGAGUCUGUUCAAUAGUUUAUUUCUGUCACAGCCAGACUGCACUGGGGAAGUUGGAACCAUGAUAAAGCCUCUGCUGAUCCCCUUGACAUACUUCUCUCUUCAGACCUGGCUGGGGAUCCCUCAGGGAAAAUGUCAGGUGGAGCUGAACAUGAUGGAUGACGCUUUUGAUGACCAAUACAUAGGAUGUGCUGAAGAAAUGGCUGGAAUUGCACCUGAACUGCUAGAGAGAGAGAAGUCCAUGUCCUCAGUGUUUAGAACGGUGUGGGAAAAUGCACAAAAAGAAUGGGAAUGUGUAAAAAAAGAGAUUUCUCUCCCCAAAGGCUUUGAAGAUGAGCAUGGAAGAGCCAUAAUAGCCUAUACUGACGAUGACUUUCACAGUGAGUUGAAUGCGGCAGUGAGAGGGGCUGGGGCAUCUCGAGCUCAUUACAUGGCCAGUUUCCAGUUCAAAGCCUUUCAUUAUUACUUGACAAGAGCUUUACAACUCUUACGAGGGAGGUGUGAUGUGAUGUACAAUAUGACGGUGUACCGGGGGGUUUCUGCCAGUUUUCAGCACAUAGAAUCAGGUGACAUCAGGUUUGGACACUUUGCCUCUUCGUCUGUUAAAGAAGAAGUGGCUGAGAGAUAUAGCACUAAGAACCUCACCGCCACGUCCACACUCUUCACCAUCCACACGUGCUUCGGUGUGAAGAUCUGGAACUUCUCAUACAGUCCUCCUGACGAAGAAGUGUUAAUCCCAGUCCAUGAGGUAUUCAGCGUGUCCCAAGGACAAGGGAGUAACAACUUUGUCCUAUGGAGCACAAACCGGACCUGCAGCCAUUUUAACUGCGCGUACCUGGGCGGAAAGAAGGACCAAACGUGUUUACCACUCUGGUAAGAAAGAACAUUUUUGUUUUCAUUCUUUUGAAAAUGACUCGCCCUCUUUAUUGAAGUGCAGAGCAGAGAACAACCCCACCAGGCAAACAUGUCACAUGAAACCAGCUGAGAAAUAAGUGGGGUGAACUGCACGUUCUGUCUAUUGAUCCAGGUUCUCGUAGGGAGCUCAUGACUAGUAUCUGACACCUUCACGUCUGACUCAAUUCCAGGCACAGUUGAUUUCAGAAAAGAAAAUUUAAGGAGAAUAACCCCUUCGAGCCCUAAAGAUUCAUCUUCAGUGUCCUGAACUAUAAACUGAACACACAUCCCCUAACCCAACACCACAAGUUUGUCUCCAUCUCCCUCCUCUCAUAACUAGUCCCAUUCUAGCCCCAGUGGAACUACAUCCUCUCAAAGGACUAAACAGGACUAUUUUACCAGAGCAGGUCGGAAAAAUCUCAACAAAAUAUUUUCUCGUUGGAAUUUGACAAAUCAUCAAACUCUUCACCUUUUGCAGAGCUGGUUUGAUUUCGACACUGUUCUAUCAGAACGCUGCCUGGGUUCUGGCCAGAUCACCCGCCUGGCUCCUUGGCAGCUUGGCUGGCGGGCUGCCUAGGAGUCAUAGACCCAGGACUUCCAAUGCCCCUGACCCUGGGACAGCCUGCUUGGUGGACCACCCCAGAGCCGACACUCUAGUCCCUUGUGUGGAGAAUUUCAAAAUUUUGGGGGUUUUUUUAUUCCAAGUCUGAACAAAACCAAAUUUUGAAAUUUCAAAAUCCUCCACGAAAUGGAAUGAGCCUUUUCUGCUCAGCUCUAUAUUUCCCCUAAAGCCAAUAAAAACCAACCAACAGAAAUGGUGUUACUGGUGUGUGUGGCCAGUGUUCCAGACUCAUGUCUUUAUUAUUCAUAACUGGAAUACACUUACGCAGCAGACAACAAGCUCCAAAUCUGAACCUCUGGAACUGUCUUGGGGGAAACGUGCUCACCAAUGAUUGAUACUGAAGAAACAAGCAGGCCGAGGAGGGAAGAAGCAGGUGAAAUAUCUCAGCAGUGAGGUGAAUGUCCCAGGCCAGAGUGUCCUGCUGAGGGGAAAUGGAUUAACGUCCCUCUGUAAUAAGUAGGUUCCAGUAGCUGUUUGGAAGGACACCUGUGUCCAGCUUUAAGGAUCUCGGUCAGUGUGAAAUAAUUUCCUAUCAGUUGUUUGAUCUGCUUUUUCCUAUUAACAGCUACCAAAAGAGGCCCGGCCUUUCCCGGUGAGCUGAGCCCUCACUGUUUAGAGGAUCCAUCAUCCUGAUCCACGUUAUUGCUCUGAAGCUGUUUGCUGGUUUCUAAAUUGUCCUAUUUGUGUUACUCACUUUUUCUCUCUAUCACAAAUCAUGGUGAUGGGAUUUGCCAGAUCCAAAGCCGCCCUGCAAUUCUACCAGUGUUUCAAAGGGAAACCAGGAACAUGGAGGGAGUGUCGCUGGUACCUGCUUGGGCAAGCUUUGAUUGUACGUUAUCGAUGAGUAGAUCAAAAUGGAAGCUCAUAGUUCUGUUCCAGGUGGGAUUUGUUUUACAGUGCCAGAGCUAUAAAUUGGUGCCUGAUAUAUAAAUACUUGUCUUCCUGUCCUGUUAGCACUUUUGUACCGAUUUUUGAUGACUUCAGUAAAAGACUUCUAAGAAAUGAACUAAGUCAAACUA